AAAACUCGAAUAUUGUGAAUUAGAUGAAGUCUAUUAUUAUCCCUGUCCGUGUGGUGACCGUUUCGAAAUUUACAUAUCAAACUUAUUAGCAGGUAAACGAGUAGCUAUUUGUCCCAGUUGCUCUAGGAGUGCUGUUGUCAUUACUUGGCAUACGAAAAUGAGUGUAUUUCAUGAUGAAGUCGAAAUUGAAGAUUUUGAAUAUGACGAAGAAGAGGAGACUUAUUACUAUCCUUGUCCAUGCGGUGACCGUUUCGAAAUUAGCAAAGAACAGUUAAUGUUAGGCGAAGAAAUAGCUACUUGUCCAUCUUGCUCGCUGGUAAUUAAAGUUAUUUAUGAUGUGGAAAUGUUUGUAGCUGAACAAGAAAUGUCGGUUAAGAUAGAAAAUAAAUCAACCACAGCUUUAGAGUCAAAUUAAAAGCAGUCCUUUUGUACAUUCGCCCACAGUUUCAGUUUUUGUUUAUACCCAAAACCAGCUAUAUUUUAUUAGAAUAAUAAAGCUUUUUGGAAUGCAUAGAAAUACGCGUGCAUUCAAUAUAAGUAUCAGUAGUCAAAUCCCCUUAACAAUUGAAAUCAUAUACAUGUACAUACAUUUACAUAUUAUUUUAGUUAAAAAUUAUGUUUUUCCUCUUUUUUUUCCCCUUUAAUAAUGACCUCAAAAUUUAGUUUGAAUAUUUAAAAAAAUUUUUAUUAAAAUCGUCUGGGCGAAUUCAAAAAUGCUAUCAGUCUAAAAGUUUGAUCAUAAUUAUCCUAAAAACAUUUUGGAAUAAGCAGAAGUGCGUUUUUAAUUUGUGGGAUUAUCGAUAAGUUGCUAUUGAAUAAAACUGUGAUAUACAUUUUUAAAGUAAUUCUGGAUGAAUUAUUGAUAAAUUUGACCGUGAGUGAGUCUGUUCAUGGAGUCAAAUCCAUGAUAAAAAAACUAUAAUCUCUUGUCUUCAAUAAUCCCAAAAUUUUAUAAAUACUAUAUUUUUGGUCCUAAUAAAUAUAUAAAGAUGAUUUCCUUUCG